GACAGACAGAGAAAGAAAGAAAGAGAGCAGUUCCUUGUUAGCUGAAAACCAUGCUUCUCUCGUUGUGACUGGCCUAAUUGCACCAACUAAGCAAUAGUGUUACGGUGACGUCACUAUCAUGGCAGCAACACCACUCUGGCUCGGAAGUGAAGGCUUUCUGGACUAAUUGAUUUUUACUUUACCCAUUUUUAUUACAUUUAUUAAAGGAUUAAAUUUAUUUUCAACUUCAACUAUAUAAACCAUAAACCAUGCCGAAAAAGAAGUUUUAUUUUGUUUAUUAUGUCAGCAGCUGAAGCUUUGCUUAUGCAUGUAGUUGCAGUUGAAUCUUGGUCUUUAAUUCUGUGAAAUUUUGGAUUAGAAAUAAUCCUGAGGACUUGUGCUUCUAUAGCAGCAAGUACUUGUCUUAAAAUCAUGGAAGCUGGUGAUGAUUUUGAAAGUGUGAUGGGCUCCAUCAAAACUGAGCUGGAGAGAAGUCUACGGCUAGGUAACCAAAAAGUAAUCAAGGCAGCAUAUGCCAACAUUCAGAAAAAUGGUGAGUUCAAGAUUAAGUUUGAAUACAAUUCAGAAAAGAGGGCAAUCCAAGUGAGUCGGUCGAUACCAUAUGAAGACUUGGUCCAUCAUGUUAUACAACGAUAUGGUAUGAAGCUGCAAAUGUUCUACACCCAGCCUAAUGGAGAAUUUUAUAUACCUCUGGAGUGCCAAAAUAAUUUAGAUACAGCAAUUAAGUUGAUGGAUCGUAGUGAUCGAUCUUCAAGUUUGCGUAUCUUUCUCACAAAACCAGCAGAUACUUCAGAUUAUGGCAGUUCUUACAGUGAUAGAUCCUCCAGUCUCAGGACUAGUUCAUCUGAAUCAUAUUAUAAUCAUCGAGAUUCACCUAGUCCACCACCUGGUUCAUUACCCCCACAUGAAAUACAUCUUCGACAUAGCAGUUCCUACAAUUCCAUUACUGGAGAGGGACAAUUCAUUCCAGAACCAAUGCAUCAAGAUGAACCAAUUAGCUGUAUGGGUCUGAAACACACAUAUAGUCCUGAUGGUUCAAUUGCAGGAAGUACAUCUUCGUUAGACAGUAAUUAUAUCAGUUGCCAUGGGGAGUCCUAUCCUUUUCGGAAUUCAGCUCGGCGAGACUCAAGGCGAAGUAUUCUUUCAGAUGGUAAUAAAGAAGAUAUGCUUCCUGGAAGCAAAAUGCAGGCAUUUGGUACUUUCCCACGUGGUUACGAAACAGGUACACACAUGGCUGAUGUUGAACGUCAUCGAACAUUUCCUCGCUCUAAUAACCGCCGGCCAGAACUUUGCUCUAGGUCAGUCCCAGCAUUGCUGACCCGUGGUAGUGAGGGUACACUCAGUAGCACACGCAGUACCAGUAGUAGUAGUAGUGGUUUACCACCUGAUCCUGAUUUGGACUCACCUGAAGGCAGAUUAUUGAUGAAACGGAACAGUGAUAUGGACAGUCCUAGUUUUGGCUUCUCUGAUGUUCAUUUUUCUAAAUCUCCCCGAGCACCAACAAAUUGGAAGAAAGGUCGGUUACUUGGUCCUGGUGCCUUUGGUGAAGUGUAUUUGUGUUAUGAUGAAGACUCUGGCCGAGAACUAGCAGUCAAACAAGUUCAAAUAUCAGCAGACAAUGCAGAAGUUUCUAAGGAAGUCCGGGCUUUGGAAAAUGAAAUCCAGCUUCUUCGAAACUUUCAUCAUGAACGAAUUGUUCAGUAUUUUGGUUGUAUACAAGGGAAAGUACUAUCAAUAUUCAUGGAAUACAUGCCUGGGGGUUCUUUACGGCAGCAAUUACAAAAUUAUGGUCCAUUAAAUGAAAACCUUGCUCGGAAGUACACCCGACAAGUUCUAGAAGGAUUAGCAUUUCUGCACAAAAAUGUUAUUGUACAUAGAGACAUAAAAUGUGCUAAUAUCUUAAAGAAUGUUCAAGGUAAUGUUAAGCUUGGAGAUUUUGGAGCUUCCAAACGAUUACAAAGUAUUUGUAGCAUGUCAGGACUGAAAACAGUAAUUGGAACUCCUCAUUGGAUGGCGCCGGAAGUUAUUAAUGGUGAGGGUUACUGUCGGAAAGCUGACAUAUGGAGUCUUGGUUGUACUGUAGUAGAAAUGUUCACAAUGAAACCACCUUGGCCUGACCUUGAAUCUAUGGCUGCUAUUUAUAAAAUUGCUACAUCAGAACAUCCAAAAUAUGAACUUCCUUUUCAUGUCUCUGAUAUAGCUAGAGACUGUAUUCGAAAUUGUUUCAGAAAAAAUUCUCGAGAACGUCCUACUGCUGAAGAUUUGUUACGCCAUAGAUUUAUAUUCGAAGGUCUAUAAUACUAGCUUUUUUUGACUUUCUGCACUUCUAUCAAAAGUCUUUCACUGGUAACAAAAGCAGAUAUGGAUAGGAAAUGAAAGAGUAAAAAGAUAAUGAAGGAGAGAGAGAGAGUGAAUCAAGUAAACAAAGAGAGAUUAUUGGUUUUGUUGUGUGAAAUAUCUAAAGAAUUUCUACAUCUGUUUCAAAUCUGGUCUGUUUUGCUCUUCUUCUUUAACCUGAUUUUUCUGGACAAAGAAAACCAGGUAUGAUAGAAAUAUAAAAAGAAAAGUGUUGCAAAUGAUCUGUUUAGUUAUCCUAUAUUUUUUCCAAAGAGAAAAAAUGUAAGAGGUGGAUCAAAGCCAGUGAACGUCUGCAAUUACUGGAAAUCUUCAAGAGGAUGUUGAAGCCAAUGAAUGUUCUCAGUGUCUGUGCUCCUUUUAUUUACAACUGAGUCAAAGAAGUACAGCUGAAAUGGUGCUAAAUAUUAUUCAAGAUUUGUCAAAAAGAGGCUUUGGUGUUUACUAUCUUGGAUUCAAGGUAUGAAGAGAGAAUAAAGUUGUUAGAAGUUGAAAAUAAAAAUCAAGAAAAUGGCAUUCUAGUGUGAGAAUGUUGACUGCAGCCAUGGUUCUUGACAACAAUUAUGCAAGGGAGAUAACAAAGAUAUUGGUUACAACAACAAUUCUUCAAACACCAAGUUCACUCUCUUUUUCUCUCUCUCUCUCCUCUCUUUCUUUCUCUCUACCUUCUAUACAUAUUUCUUCCUACCUUAUUAUUAAGGCAGAGAAAUGGUCUGAUUAAAAAUAUAGAACAAUUGAAAUUAUAAACAGCUGCCCUUAAAGUAGUACUGCUGUCCACUUAAAAUAUAUUCUAAAGAAUUUGACUGAAAUUGUUUCUACUGCUGCUGGCAGCAUUAUUAUGAUAAACACCACCUCAACUACAACCACAACAACAGUCUCAGUAUAAAGAGCAAUGAAUAGAUUGCAAGGAUUAUUACUCCUUAUAUGUACACUAAGCAUGCAGGUACAUGCACACAUGGCUGUGUACGUAUCAUUCACUCACCAACAGUCUGCUAACAUCCAACACUUAUUUUGGCCUGAUUCUAGCAGUGACAAUGAAUAUGAACUGGAAAAAAGAAAACUCAAAAGAUCGAAGUAAAUUGUCUGUAGCAUUUGCAUACCAGAUUCUUUUCACAGAACAAUGGCUCUGGGGGUUGAAGUACUUAGACUAUCUACACAUGGUCGUGUGUUCAAACUUUGCUCUUUCUACAGCCAUUGUGUUACAUCCCACCUAAGAAAUACACAUUACUUUGUUUGCCCCCAUUCUGCUUAGCUAGCCAUGAAUACCACUUCUGCUUGAUGGUUAGCAGCGGGAAAGGGCAUCCAUUUGUAAGAACAAUUGAUCCAACAAAAUGCAAAUGUUCAAAAAUGCAAAAAAAAAUAGAUAUAACCCAUACAUCCAUGCUAGCAUGGAAGAAAUGGAUGUAAAGCAGUAAUAAAUAAAUAAAAAGUAACUCAACCCACCCACCCCCCUAUUCAGUGAGUGUUUUAUAAUUAAUACAAGUAGAACUAUUGGAGGCCAAUGAGUAACUCUCAGUGAAUCAGUACAGAAUAUUUCUUACCCUGAAAAUAAUAUUUAAACCAUAUUUUAUGGUAAGGAAUACAAUUUAUACAGAUGUACAAACACUAUGUGGUUCAUUACAAAAAGAAAAAUAAGAAAAAAUGUAAUUUAACUUA